AGCAGCAACAAGAACUGCAACAGCAGGGGGAGAGGCAGCAGCAGCAGCAGCUACCUUCGGCAAUGAAAUUAUAUUUUGCUGCGUCCACCUCCACUACUACCAUCUCCUCCUCCCACUCCUUCCUUCAUCACUACUACCCCAGCAGCAGCAGCAGCAGCUAGAGAAACAAACAUGCUGCUUGGUCGCCGUCUAAUUGUCGUAUAAAUAAUUAAUCGGCAUACAAAAUAAAUGCACGUAUAUUUACAAAAGCAAAACAAUACCAAUUAAAAGUCGGAAAUUAUGAAUAAAUUGGACUAUCCACGUCGCAAUGGUACACACAAAGUUCGAAUAACGAUAUUGUGUGCUCGCAACUUGGCUCGCAAGGAUUUAUUUCGCCUCCCCGAUCCCUUUGCCAAGGUCCAGGUGGAUGGCACUGGUCAGGUGUACUCGACAGAGAUAAGCAAAUCCUCGCUGGACCCCAAAUGGAAUGCGCACUACGAUCUGUUCCUGGGCCUGGCCGAUGCCAUCACCAUAACCGUGUGGAAUCAGCGAAAGAUACACAAAGGCAGCGGCUUCCUCGGCUGUGUAAGGAUACCCGCCUUCACCAUUCAAAGCCUCAAAGGAGCAGGAUUUCAACGCUUGGAUUUGGGCAAACUAUCGCCGGACGACGAUGAGCUGGUGCGUGGCCAGAUCAUUAUAUCGCUGCUGUCGAAGGAUGGCCCCAGCAGUGGCAAUCCCCUGGCCAUUGUGGGGCCCAGCGGCGAUGUGCGUGGACCCUCCGAGGAUGACUCCUCGGAGGACAGUCUGCCCGAGGGCUGGGAGGAGCGGCGCACCGACAACGGACGCAUCUACUAUGUGAACCAUGCCACCAAAUCCACCCAAUGGGACCGACCCCGGCAGCCGGGCGGCGGCGGCACCUCACCGCAGCAGCGCCACCACAAUGGCAACAAUAGCCACGGCCACGCCCACGCACACGGGGAUAGACAGGCGCCGGCGGGUCCCACGCGCUCCACGACCUGCACCAAUCUGUUGAAUGGCGGCAAUCGUAGUCGAGAGACGUCUGGGACGGGGUCGGACGAGCGACGCCACUCCACGGAGAUCCUGUCCAGCGUCGGCAAGGAGAACACCAGUCCCACGACGCCAAUGGCCUCCACACCUGGCAAGAAAUCCUCCUCCACGACCUCCACAGGCGGUCGCACCUUGGAGGCGCGCAGCGGCAACGAACCGGCCACGCCCACAAGCAGCACGACGACGACAACGACGGCGGGGACGGGUCGCCUCCACAGCAACAACGACAAUCACGUGAAUCAUGUGAAAACGCCAAAGCAUCAAACGAAUGGCCACAGCCAUGGCUCCCAUGCAUCCCCUGGCGAGGGCACGUCCACAUCGCCUACGGGUCAGCAGAACUAUGUGAACGGAAAUGCUCAAAGUGGAACAGGAAUAGGGACAGGGAGUGGGAGUGUGGGUGGGAAUGGAAGCUUCCAAGCGGCCCAGCCACAAAGCGCCAGCAAUGGCUGGACACAGGAGGAGACAUCAGCAACGACAGCGACAACGACGCCACCCAGGCAUAAUCAGAGCCAGAGUCAGAGUCCACCCGCAACGAAUGCUGCCACAUCCCCGGCGGCAGCUACGCCCGCCGCCAAUGGAAACACAGUUCACAGUCCGAAUGCAAACAGCCAGCCGGGUGGACAGCCAGGCGGCGGCAGAUCCUACACUGCAGCGACCCCUGGCCAGCGUUCACAGCGUCGCAGCUCUCGGCAGCAGGGUGGCGAUGAGUCCUCCACGCGGCGUCGCUCCUCGCGCGGCACCCGCAACGGAGGCAGUGCUGGAGGAGGCGGAGGGGGAGGAUCUGGACAGAGACUAGCAUCGGCUGCCAUUGCAGCGGCUAAUCAGGCGGCGCGUCCCUUUCUCGAUCUGCCCUCCGGCUACGAGAUGCGCACCACGCAACAGGGCCAGGUGUACUUCUAUCACAUACCCACGGGCGUGUCCACGUGGCACGAUCCGCGGAUACCGCGCGACUUUGACACCCAGCAUCUGCCGCUAGACUCGAUCGGGCCGCUGCCCAGUGGCUGGGAACAGAGAAAAACGGCCUCCGGACGGGUCUACUUUGUGGACCACAACAAUCGCACCACACAGUUCACGGAUCCGCGGCUCAGUGGCAGUCUCCUGCAGCUGAUUCGUCGGGGACCUGUGCCGCCGACUGGAGCAGCAGUUCCUGGCGCUGCCACACCAACGACGACAGCGACAGCAGCAGCGGCUGGCACACCCACGACCAAUCCGACGUCUGCAUCCAACCAGCCAGCUACGCCUGGCCCCGCACCUGCCCCACCAACAGCAGCGGCUGCAGGAGCAGGUUCUACGACAGCAAACACGACAGCAACAACGAUAACGAACACCCCGCAUCGCAUUUGUCCGGAGGGGCUGCCGCAGGGCCUGCUCGAGGGGGCCGACUUGCUGCCAAAGUACCGCCGGGAUCUGGUCGGAAAACUACGCGCCCUGCGCACCGAGCUGCAGACGAUGCAGCCGCAGUCCGGCCACUGCCGGCUGGAGGUGUCGCGCAACGAGAUUUUCGAGGAGAGCUAUAGACUGAUAAUGAAGAUGCGGGCCAAGGACAUGCGCAAGCGCCUGAUGGUCAAGUUCAAGGGCGAGGAGGGUCUGGACUACGGCGGCGUGGCCCGCGAGUGGCUGCAUCUGCUCUCCCGUGAGAUGCUGAACCCGCAGUACGGCCUGUUCCAGUACAGUCGCGACGACCACUACACGCUGCAGAUCAAUCCCGAUUCGGGCGUGAAUCCGGACCAUCUCUCCUACUUUCACUUUGUGGGCCGCACCCUGGGCAUAGCCGUGUUCCAUGGCCAUUGCCUGGACGGGGGCUUCACCACGCCCUUCUAUAAGCAGCUGCUGAACAAACCCAUCACGCUGGGCGACAUCGAGGGCGUCGAUCCGGAGCUGCACCGUAGCCUCACCUGGAUGCUGGAGAGCAACAUUAGCGGCAUCAUCGAGUCGACAUUCAGCGUGGAGAACAAUAGCUUUGGGGCUCUGGUGGUGCACGAACUGAAGCCCGGCGGCGCCGCCAUACCCGUCACGGAGGAGAACAAGCGCGAGUACGUAAAGCUCUAUGUGAACUAUCGCUUCAUGCGCGGCAUAGAGCAGCAGUUUCUGGCACUGCAGAAAGGCUUCUGUGAGCUGAUACCCAGCCAUCUGCUGCGACCGUUUGAUGAGCGGGAACUGGAAUUGGUCAUUGGCGGCAUCUCGAGCAUCGAUGUCAACGAUUGGCGCAACAAUACGAGACUGAAGCACUGUACGAACGAGACGACGCAAGUGCUGUGGUUCUGGCAGGUGGUCGAGUCGUACAGCUCUGAGAUGCGAGCACGUCUGCUGCAGUUUGUGACGGGCUCGUCGCGGGUGCCGUUGCAGGGAUUCCGUGCGCUGCAAGGAUCCACGGGUGCGGUGGGGCCACGCCUGUUCACAAUUCAUCUAACCGUCGAUGUGCCCACACAGAACCUGCCCAAGGCGCACACCUGCUUCAAUCGGAUCGAUCUGCCGCCCUACGAGAACUAUCAGCUGCUCUGCGAUAAGCUGACUCAAGCGGUGGAGGAGACCUGUGGCUUUGCCGUGGAGUAGGGACCAACAGAUCGAUCGAAUCCAGAGACACCGCCCCACACACCCAAACCAUACACCCGAUCCACGCAUAUGCAAACACAUAGGCACCAUUAAAUAAAUAUACACCAAUACAUAUACACAAAGGCACAUGCGAGGAGGACGCGUAUAUCAAAAUUCUAUGGAUCUUGAUUCCUGCUGAUUAUACAUACCUUUUUUGACUAUUUAAUUUGUUUGUUGCUGUUUAAUCGUGUGUGCGCUGCGCAUUUUGCAGUUGAAAAUCAAAAAAUCAAUUAUUAAGCGAGCAUGUACGGACUCUCAUCUUAUACAUAGUUACCAAGUGCAUAUAUACAUAUACAUUUAUAUAUAUAUAUAAUAUAUAUACACCCACACACAACUCCCUCCCUCCCCUAAAGCGUUUAUAUAUUAUAUAUACAUCUGUAUUUGUAUCGUCUGUGCAACAUCAUCAGCAUGAUCACCACCCUCCAUACCUACCCCCCCAGGGCCUUUGUUCGGUUACGUCGUGGCGCAUGUUAUAAAUUGUAGUUUAAAAUAUUACGAAACCAAUUAUACAUACAAAUAUUAUACAUUGAUUAUACAUACAUACAUAUAUAUAUCAUAGUUGAUAAUUAGGCAUUAAAAACAAAUUUUAAUUAAUUGUAGGCAUUGGACCGGCAAUUCUCUGUGCUUUUGUUUAGUUUAAUAUAUAUUUUUGAUGUUUAUUAAUUACAUUUUGUACAUUUAUAAAAACCAAUCGAGAAUUCACUGCUAAGUUUUUAAUUAUUGUUUAAAUUUUCCUAAAUACGCACCACAUAACACGCUCAUCGACACACCCACACACACACAAGCAUGAUUAUUUUAUAAGUAUUGAAAACACUAUAUGAUGGCAAAACAAAACACUUGAAAAAUUACUCAAUUCGUAAAUUAGUUAUUUUUUAAAUAAAUGCAAAUUAUUUAAAUUAAAUUACAUUUUGCGUUGUUUUUGAUUUCUUUAUUGAAAUUUUCGUUUUGCCCGGUUCGGUUCGCCACUUAUGCCAAAAUCAAAACAAUUACGGAUCAAAUCGCAUACAUAUACACACGUACAUAUAUAUUUACAUCAGUUUUUAAUCGAAACGAAUUGGACAAAUUUCUAGAAGGUGAUAUUAGUGAAAAUUUUUAAAUGUCUUUAAUCUUUAAUUGAAGCGAAACAAUUGGUAGUUAUUUAAGAGCCCCCAGCCCCAGAGCCUCCCUAUCCCCCAUUCCCUAGCCCACCAUACAAACCCGAAAUGUGUAUUGCAUAUGUGAAAUCUAUUGAUUUAUAUAGAAAUUAGCCAUAAACAAGGUACAUACAUACAACACAAAUCGAUCGUUAACUUUUAGCUUUAGCGAGCUGUAGGAUGUGAACCACUAAGAACUCUGAAGCAGAAACGGAAGCCCUGUAAACAUUGACAAGGACUCUGCUCCGAUAACCAAAAGGGAUUAAUAAAUAAAUGAGAUUGAGCCUUAU